UAGAAACCGUCCCUCACGGUCUUCUAAUUAUUUUGUCUCUAUAGCACUGCUGGUUAUAAACCUUCCCUUCAGUUACUGUAGACACUAUCUAAAUAAAGACCAAGUACUCCAUUUUUUGUUACUCCUAAAACCCACUUCCCAACCAAGAACAUGUCCUCUGAUCUACAAAUGAACCAAGAAGAUCAAGAAUCAAAAUCUUGUCAAUUAAUAACAGAUCUAUCACUAAGCACAGGUGUAUCUGUCUCUAAAUUUAAGAAACAGAAAAGCUUAGAUGAAGGUAACAGAAGUGAAAUGAGAGGUUCGAAUGAUAGGGCAAAUCCUAAUUAUUACCAUCAAACUGUUGAUGGAUCUACGAGAGCAUAUCAUCCUUAUCAUCAAUCUAUGUUGUAUGGGAUUAGCAAUAAUUUUAGUAGCCAAAGUGGUAAAAUAUCAACUUCUAAUGGUAGAUCAAGUAGUGCUAAAUCAACAUAUGAGAAACUUCACCACAGGAUGAUCAAAAAUAGAGAAUCUGCUGCGAGGUCGAGAGCAAGAAAGCAGGCUCUUGAAGCUCAACAACAAUUGGAAAAUGAGGAGCUCAAGAAGGAGAAUGAACUUCUAAAAAAGAUUGUGACGUUUCUUUUAGCUAUUGUGAGGGCAAAGCGCAUAAGGGUGCCAACAUUGUCAAGGAGCUUCUCAGCACCAUUCUAAAUGCUAUAGAAAGUGAAGAAUAGGAACAAACAUUGUGUAUAUGCUUCAAAUUGACCUUAUGACAAUAGGUAAAAGUAUGAAAUAAGGACAUAGUACUGGGAAUAAAUACUCUUUGUAUUGAGAUAUAUUAAUUUGAAGUUAUGUUUAAUAUAUUUAAUUUUUAAGGUUAUCUACUCA